AUGACAAUAAGAUUGACACCUGAGAAAAUAAAACACAUAAAAGAACUGGUCAAACAGACUAUAGACUCAAUACGUCAUAAAAAACCCCCAAAAAAACCCCAAAAACGUUUGGUUGCUAAACUUAUUGGCUGUCUUAUUGCCAGCCUCCCUGCGAUAAUGUAUGGGGCACUUUAUUACAAGUAUUUAGAAAAAGAAAAAAUUGCUGCACUUAAAUCAUGUAAAGGAAAUUUUGAUGCCUUUAUAUCUCUAUCGGAAAAUGCUAAGUAUGAACUUGACUGGUGGUUAAAUCAUAUUGAUACCAGUUUCAAUCCCAUAAGAUACCCACCUGUGGAUGUUGUUUUAUAUUCAGAUGCAUCAUUGAAAGGGUGGGGUGCUGUUCAGGAGGAAAUAUCAACAGGGGGUAGAUGGACAGCUGUAGAGGCAAAAUGCCACAUUAAUGUCCUGGAAUUACACACUGUUCUGUUGGCGUUGAAAUGUUUUAAGGUUUCUAUUACUACCAAACACGUACAAAUCCUGGUUGAUAACACCACUGCAGUAGCUCUCAUUAACCAUAUGGGCAGUGUACACAGUGACAGCUGUCAUUUAAUGGCCAGAAAAAUUUGGGAAUUUUGUUUUCGUAAUGAUAUAUGGCUCACAGCUGCCCAUCUACCAGGAGCCACUAAUGUUGACGCUGACCAUGCAUCUCGAAAUUUUAUCAGUGUUGAUACUGAGUGGAUGCUCAAUUCCACAUGUCUUGUCGAAGCAUUAGAGACUUCCAUCAGCCCCUGA